AUGUAUUGGGUGAGGAGUGGAAGGUCUCCCACAGGUUCUGACAGCCCCCCACAGCCCACCACACCGCUCCUCACAGUCCCCCCACAGCCCACCACACCACUCCUCACAGUCCCCCCACAGCCCACCACACCACUCCUCACAGUCCCCCCACAGCCCACCACACCACUCCUCACAGUCCCCCCACAGCCCACCACACCACUCCCCUCACAGUCCCCCCACAGCCCACCACACCACUCCUCACAGUCCCCCCACAGCCCACCACACCACUCCUCACAGUCCCCCCACAGCCCACCACACCACUCCUCACAGUCCCCCCACAGCCCACCACACCACUCCUCACAGUCCCCCCACAGCCCACCACACCACUCCUCACAGUCCCCCCACAGCGCACCACACCACUCCUCACAGUCCCCCCACAGCCCACCACACCGCUCCUCACAGUCCCCCCACAGCCCAUCACACCACUCCUCACAGUGCCCCCACAGCCCACCACACCACUCCUCACUGUCCCCUCACAGCCCACCACACCCCUCCUCACAGUCUCCUCACAGCCCACCACACCGCUCCUCACAGUCUCCUCACAGCCCACCACACCACUCCUCACAGUCCCCCCACAGCCCACCACACUGCUCCUCACAGUCCCCCCACAGCCCACCACACCGCUACUCACAGUCCCCCCACAGCCCACCACACCGCUCCUCACAGUCCCCCCACAGCCCAUCACACCACUCCUCACAGUCCCCCCACAGCCCACCACACAGCUCCUCACAGUCUCCUCACAGCCCACCACACCCCUCCUCACAGUCCCCCCACAGCCCACCACACCCCUCCUCACAGCCCCCCACAGCCCACCACACCACUCCUCACAGUCCCCCCACAGACCCCUAUAAUGCUCGUUUCUGCCCCCCAUACUUCUCCAGUGCUCCUAGCCACAGGCCAGUUUAA